GGAUACCUACCUUAUGCCUCUAUCGCCCCUUCCGUCAUAUUCAAUCUGACAACCACUGAACAUCAUCGCCAUCUGGUCCCCUACGACCCAAGCUUCCACAACCAACCAUCUACCCUUGCGAUCCAUCAAAACUCCUAUCAUCUGCAGUUCUACUGUCUGCGACUGCUUCCCCGACCGGAUACACCCGUGUCCUCAUCACGCAGACUCGCGACACAAUGGCGGACAGGUUCCCUUCGCUGGAGGACUUCGAUUCGGGUGCCCAAACCGAUGUUAAGUCUCCCGGCGCCGGACCCUCGACCGAUGACUUCCUCGCCCGUGAGAAGGCUCUCCUAGGCGACGACGCCGACCAGUUUGCUACCAACAACGAUUCCGCUGCCUUCGAACAAGAUGAUGACCUGCUUGGGGGUGGGGACAGCGCUGGAGCCAACCAGCAGCAGUCUACCUUCGAGUCCCAGUUCCCCGACCUGGCGCAGCAAAAUGAGGAUGUUGGUCCUGCGGGCACAAUCACCGGCAGUGGUCCAUCCGUCAACUACAGCUCCGGCUUUCGCACAACUGUUGAGGAUGAGGAAGAGCCUCAAGUGAUCAAGGAGUGGAGGGAAGGCCGAGAUGCUCAAAUCCAGAAGCGCGCCGAACAAUUUGCCGCUCAACGCGAGGAAACUGUGAAAGAGGCCCGCCAGAACAUUGACGAUUUUUACGAGAACUACAACUCGAAGAAGGAAAAAUCGAUCGCUCAGACACGCAAGGAUGCCGAGCAGUUCCUCGCCAAUCGCGAGGAUACCGUAUCUGGCGGCACCAGCUGGGAAAGGAUUGCGAAGCUGGUUGACGUCAGCGGCAAGGGUGUUAAGGGCGGUGCCGCUGGUUCGGGCAAGGAACGCUUCCGAGAGCUACUGACCAGCUUGAAGAAGGACGAGAAGGCUCCAGGAGCCGUGGGCUACUGAAGGCAGACGGACCCAUGAAGGCUCAUGGCACACGCUCCAUAUAGCAGUGUUUGGCUUCCGUAGUGGAGUAGCCGAUCUGUUGGACGCCAUUUCUGUACGAUAGCAAGUCAUUUGAACAUUGCGCACAUGUCUUAACUUCG